UGACCGAAGAAGAAUAUCCCGGAAGUAGGUGGAUGCGGGCGCUAGUUGGAUAGCUACUUCACUUCAAAAUACGGAUUAAAAUAUGUCCAUAUACCAUUUCUGAUACGGUUGUGAUUGGCAUAGACAUUAUGUAAAAAUAAAUAAAAAAACAUUAUGUAACUGUAACGAGCUAGACGCGAGGAGGCACAAAACAACUUUUGGUAAUUUAGCUUGUUUAGCUAACAAGUUAGCUGUCAAAUAGUUUCCACGACAACUGUUCCCGACCCCCCGUUCUGAGGUGACGUAUUGUUUCUCCAAACCACAAAAGUCUACAGAAGAACUGUUGGGUCGAUUCACAAUGGAUGAGGACGGUGAUGGCAGAUCCAGCCUGUCUAACUCGUGUCCCACUCGACCUAAACCCACACAGUCACCAGUUCCUGUCAGGAACCACAGGAACCAGAGAACACUGCAGGGCCCCAAGCUGCUAGAAGUUGACUGGGAUUCUCUUUUUAAAGAGAGACAACCUCCACCAGGAGCAGCUAAACAACACCUGGAGAAUCAGCAGAAACCCAAGACAUUUCAUGCCUGUCCAGUGUGUGGAAGACACUGCCAAAAGUUAUCCAUCCUGCAGAUCCACAUGAGAAUCCACACGGGAGAGAAGCCGUACCCCUGCCCCGACUGUGGCAAGAAGUUCGCUCACCUGGGAGCCAUGAGACGACACCACCUCACACACACGGGAGAGAAGCCUUACUCCUGCUCUGUUAUAUCAGAGCAGAAGAUCUGA